AGAAUUAUAGGGUAUAUAUUAAGUUUAAUUGGUAAAUGUGGUUUAAAAGGCGGGAGAUAGCCCGUGGGAGGUUAAUUAUUCGAACUCGUGCCGUACCGUACUUAAACUGCGCUUUUCAGAAAAUAAGUAAAUACUGUAAGAUCGCAACAUUAAAUGAUGUUUUCCUCUUUGUUUGCUGUGUGACUAGCCAGGAAGAAAGGAAUCCGUUCCACAUUUACACUGCGUAGAAACAGACGCAGUUUUCUGAAGUUAUUUCGAACGCAAUAUAGCUAGCAUUCAUAGAUUACCUUGAUAACAAGUUGAAAUCGCAAAAUCACAUGGAGAUCUGCCAUAUUGCGUUAUGAACUAGUCAUAUAGACCGAGAGAAAAGUAACACCGCCCAUGAUUUUGCAUUUCGUUUUUGAAAUGCAUUUUUGCAAUCUGGAGUAAGAGUUCACUGCAAAGAAAACCUUUCCAGAUCCAGAUCUUGUGAGAACAGCUCAACACAUGUUUAAGCGUUUUAUGCCAUGUGUUUGAGCGAAGCAGAUACCGUACCGAAGAAAGUUUUUAUUCCUUCUAUUAAUUCAUAGAGAUAUUCAUAAACUAUCAGAUAUAACUCACCAAAACAGUAGGCGAAAGAUAAACAUUGAAAAUCGCUCCGUUGCUGAAUGAUUCAGUAAUCUAUAAAGAUUGGUAUAACGAUAAACGAUCUAAUAACUUUAACUUACUUUCUUAGAAAGUUUUAGUUCAGCUGUGUUAUCUUCACUGAUCUUCUCGAUUGGAAAAGAUUUACAAACGUCUAGACGUGUUUAGUAAUCAAUAACGUAAUCACUAAUUACUAAUGGAUUACACCUCCAUAAUCACUUAAUGGGAGCUACGUUACAAGUUCUAAGAUUACUCUUCACGUUAAAAGAUAAACUGGAUUAACAAGUGCAUUUCUUAAAUCUGAACAAAAUUGGAAUAUAUAAGAUUUUUCAAGAUGAUGGAGGUACGAGCAAGCACGUCAACGUCUUUCAGUAAUGGACCAAGUUGCUCAAGUGGUACGAGUGGGCCUCCGCCUAUUUUGCCGAGAGGUCCAACAAAACGAUUGUGUCUUUCAGAACGUAUAUUAUUUACAAAGGCUAGACUAAAUAGAUUGUCUCAACGAAAGAAGUUAUUGUAUAAAGAAGCUCACGAGGAUAGAUUCGCUGAAAAUACGGACCUUAAUGAAAAUGAAUUACUUAUGGAGGCAGCUAAGGCCGGAAAGGAUUCUAAGGUAAAAGCGUUGUUAGGGGAUGGAAUUUCUACAGACCAUGUUGAUGAAAAUGGUCGUUCUGCGCUUCAUUGGGCGGCAGAAUAUGGAUAUAUUAGGGUCGUUUAUACCUUGAUCGAGGCAGGCUGGGAUGUCAACUUGAUGGACAGUAAAAACCAUACACCGUUACACGUGGCGUGUGAUCACCAUAACGGUAACGUAGCUGCGUGUAUGAUUGCGCAUGCUUGUAAGAUUCGAACACAGGACUUAAACGGUUGUACACCGUUGCAUAGAGCGAUACACUCAAAUCUAGAAACUAUAGCGUGCAUGUUGUGUAACCUUGGCGCAGACGUCAAUACCAAGACGAAAACCGGAUGGACGCCCUUACACGAAGCUGCGCGUAUUGGGAAUGAGUACGUAGUAAGAAAACUUAUCAAAGAUGGAGCCGACGUCAACGCAAUAGCUGAAAACAACGCAUCCGCCUUUCUAACUGCGGUUUUCUACUACCGCAUCGCGCAUAGAUCUUCCUAUAUAUGUUUGGAACCGAUCCUUAGUAUGCUCAUUGACAGCGGUUGUCAACUUAGCUUUACUGAUGGCCAAUGGUCCCCUCUAACCGCCGCCAUUUCUGUGUAUAACAGCCGAAUUGCGGGAAAACUUAUUUAUCAUGGCUGUCUGCUACCAGAAUCUCAGGGAUACCGGCGAAGUAUUCUCGUCGAUGCAUUUACAAAAUGUGAUAAUUACGUCGUGAAAUUACUUAUUCAUGCCGGGUAUAGAGUUACCCCAGACGAAGUUGACCAAUGUGCCAAAAGGAUACCGACAUUUUCUCUUUCAUUUUUGAAGCUUGCCUUUCCUGGGUAUGACACUAGAGGGCGCCAGGAAAUAGAAAUACUGAAGUUCCUACGGCACAGAGCUAGCCAACCUCUAACUUUACAAGAACUUUGCCGGAAGUCAAUACGCGUAGGAAUAAAUGCCGCAUCGCGUGAUUCUUCUAUUUUAGGAAGGAUUCCAUUGCUUCCACUUCCGGAGACACUGAAAAAUUUCAUUGCCUUACGAGACUAUGCAAUAAGAUACAUUUAGACUUCCGGUUUUUAAUAUCGUGCAAUAUACAACAUGCAGUAUGUGCAAUCUGUGAUUUAAUCGCAUCUUUCAGCAUUUACCAAGGUUCAAGUCAUAUUUAGCUGCAGUAUUAUGUUGACCGGGGUGUAGAUAUGGACUCACUAUUAUCUAUGUCGUCUUAGAGAAUGUGUUCAAACGUUUAGACGUUAGUAAUAUAAAGACUCGCAUGCAUUAUGUAUCUUUAGAUUGUAUUCAUCUCUUAAAAAUUGUCACCACCGAUUUUGCUUAACUGGUUGUAUGUAUGUUUAAUGUUUAUACAGGGGUCUUUUUACAUCAGUCACUUGCCUUUCGCCGUUCUGCGUUCUAAACUCAAUUUUAAAUGUAGAAUUGCUCCAUGUGAGGAAUUCAUCCAGCUGGCCUAUGAAAACUUCAGAAGUUCUACCGAUGGAUCCGCCCAUGCUUAUAUAUGAUCUUCCUCAAUUAUGCGUUAAAGGUGGAUAAUCAGAUUUUGGCCAUGUAACGGAUUUGCUCGAAACUUUAGCAUCUGAUCAUUUACACUCAUUUAUGUUCACUUAACACUUAAUACAAAUUAGAUUUUCACUGGAGGUAUUUUUAAAAUUUCAUUUUCCUAUCCUGGUUGCCCAACCAAGAUAGAGUUAUUUUAUCAUAAGUAUAAAUUUGAUAAACAUACUUUGCCUAAGGAAAUGUAUAAAUAUUAGACAUAUUGUAAUAUAUUUGUAAAAUAUUUGCAUUAAAAAUUAUGUAUUUAGAUGGAAUUGAUCAGAAACACAAGUUUGAAAAAUUAUUAUUACCUCCCUUUGCCUAUCUUGGUUGCGCAACCAAGAUAGAUUGGAAAUAAAUGAAUUUAGAAGCUACACACAGCUUUAAAACUUGCAUUUUGGUUCAGAUUGUUCAAUAGUUGUUAUGUCUAUCAAAUGCAAAUGUAAAACUAGACAUUGUAUCGAAAUAAAAAGAAAUACCCAGCUUUUUAUAUACUUUCAUAUUAAAGGGGAGUAAUUACAAAAUUUUAUAAAAAUAAUAAAAUAUACAUUUCAAAUAGAAAUCUAACUCUGUGUAAAUCGGUCUUUUUGUUCCUUAAAUAAUUCUCUACCAGAAUAUACAAAAAGUAAAAAAUGUCAUUAAAUGUUGAAUAAAUGUGAUUGACCACCUUUAAGGGCUGGAAAGUCACCGUAUAUUCUAAAUGUUGUCGGUAUGUCUUAGACAAAGCAUAAAUGUACAAAAUGGAAAACGAUUCAGGUAAACGUUGGGAAAAAAGAGAACCGUCUUCCAUAUGCAGCCAAACUUUUUAUGCAUAUUGCGGAAACCAACUUUUCGGUUUUAAUUGACUGCAUUAACUUUCUGUACCGUUGACUUUUUCUCAUGGUUACUGUAUAUUUGCAUUAUAUUUUACAUAUACCAUA